GCUUCCGGUCGGCUGGGCCUAGCGGGCGCGCGGCGGACGGCGCGGGGCUGGCGCGGGGCUGGCGGGCGCGGAGCUCGGCGGACGCUGCGCGGAGCACGGGUCUCCCGCCCAGGCAUCCGCCGCUAUGCUCAGAAAACAUCUCCAGGAGAUCCCCUCCUCCGGCAGCAAUGUCUCCGCUGGCUUCAGCUGGGACUGGGACUCCAGCAAGACCUCGGAGUUCCUCUCGGGCAUGGGGGUGUCGGUGCUGAAGAAGGACAAGCUGGGCAACGAGAAUACCCCUCAGGAGCCGCUGCUGCCGGCCUGCACGCCCCACAAGCGGCUGAAAGUGAAGGAGAAGGAGUUCGUCAUUGUGCGCAGGCCUCGGCUGCUCCGGGAGACAGAGCCAGGAGUUUCUUGGGAUGAACUUCCAGAUGAACUUCUAUUGGCAAUCUUUGCAUAUUUGCCCCUGAACGACUUGUUGAAAGUUUCCAUGAUUUGCAAGAGGUGGCAUCGUCUGUCAUUUGAUGAAUCUCUCUGGCAGACUCUUGAUCUGACUUGUAGAAGUCUGCUACCAGGAGUUAUUGGACAGUUGCUACCUGCAGGUGUUAUUGUGUUCCGCUGCCCAAGAUCUUGUAUUGGGAAUCCGCUGUUUAAAACCACAAAACCUCUCCGGGUUCAACAUAUGGAUUUGUCAAAUUGCACAGUAUCUGUUGCAGAUCUCCAGAGUAUUCUUUGUCGUUGUGAGAGACUGGAGAACCUCAGCUUGGAGGGACUAGUGCUUUCUGAUGAUAUCAUCAAGAGCAUUGCUAACAACCCCAGUCUGAUACGACUAAAUCUUUGUGGGUGCUCAGGGUUUUCUGCAGAAGCUUUGGAGCUGAUGUUAAACAAAUGUUCUAUGUUGGAGGAGCUGAACUUGUCCUGGUGUGACUUCACAGCCACUCAUGUCAAAACAGCAGUUAGUCACAUUACUUCAAAAGUAACCCAGCUAAACUUAAGUGGAUACAGACAGAACCUACAAAUAUCAGAUGUUAAAACGCUGGUGGAAAGAUGUCCUUUCCUUGUGCACUUAGAUCUAAGCGACAGUGUGAUGUUGAAGCCGGAGUGUUUCCAAUAUUUUCAUCAGCUCAUCUUUCUGCAACAUCUCUGUCUCAGCCGAUGCUACCAAAUAUCACCUGCUGCCUUAGUAGAACUUGGUGAAAUUCCAACAUUAAAGACUCUUCAGGUAUUUGGAAUAGUGACUGAUAGCUCCCUACAGCUCCUCAAGGAGACGCUUCCUGACAUGAAGAUCAAUUGUUCACAUUUUACAACUAUUGCAAGGCCAACUGUUGGCAGUAAAAAGAACCAUGAAAUUUGGGGUAUCAAAUGCAGAUUGUCACUGAGAAACCUUAGUGGCUAGUGAUCUUGUACGAUGGAUGCCAUGAAUGCACCGUGUAGUGAAGCUCCUUGAGAAGCAGAAUGUCAGAGCACAUCUAAUCAUAGUUCUGUUUUUUAAAGUAUUGUAUCUUGGUCUUACGCCAUAAUGUAGUUCUAUAAGUAUGUUUAUACUCUUUAAAAAAAAAAAAAAAAGCCUUUAGAAAUCUGAUGAUCUGUAAGCAAUUGUAGAAAAUUUUUGUUUUAGGAGAGCUACUUCAAAAAAAAAAAUAUUGUGAAACAAUCACUGUAAUGGAACUGUUACAGCCUUUAUUAACUGCUGCAGGUUUUGAUGCAGCUAUGAUUGUUCUUAGGCAUUGUAAAAGUGCUUUCGAUUAAAUCUUCCAGCUCUGCAACUCCUGGAAAAAUCAGUGGAGGUACUAGAUGGCUUAGUUUCCUGCUGGUCUGAAGUUUACAGAAAUCAAAUAAUGCUAUCAAAAUCAUUAAAAUUAUUAACUGAGUGAUAUGUAUACUAAGAUGUGAAGCUACCCUGUUUGGGAGAGUGAGUCUGAAUUCACUGAACAUGGAAACAGUAAAGGAGCAUUGGAACGGAGGAAAGCACUUAAGAGCUCAAUACUGUACAAACAAGAAGCAAUACAAAUGAAGUUUUUCUUCAAGACUUCAUGUUGCUUUUCCUUGCUUAAGCGAACUUAAAUUAGGGAUGAAAUCUCCAAACUUCUUUCUUAGGGUCUUUCAGCUGCAUUUAGUAUAUUGAAAAAAAAGUUGCAGGAGUGAGUAUCUUGGUUCUAGAACUCAGAGCAGCAACAAAAACUGGGGCUGCACUGUAGGGAUUUUGAGAGGAACUCCUUUGGUGCUAUUAAGAGAGAUCCAUUUCUCUUUUAGCUUAAGUUUCUAGUAUCAUUUAACUUCCUGUAUCUUUUAACACUAAUAGGAAAAGCUAACAUUGUCACAGGAAAAGUUAAAUAACUAACCAAACAAACAAACAAACAAAAAAACAACCAAACUAAGACUAGGGACAAGUAAUGAGCCCCCCACCUCUUGGGGAACAGAUGUGGCUCAGUCCUGCUGUGGGCUAGGCAUGUUCCAGGGAUAAGGGUAAGAGUUAUUAUCAUCUUUUAGCACAAAACUUGCAAGCAGUGAGCAACAGUAGGGGAUAUACCAUUGUUGUGGUAAAUAGGCUGUUGCAUAGGCAUAGUGUCUUCCAAAGUCAGUCCAAAGAUAAAAAGCUUAGUAAUAAGUACACAGCAAAGUAGUGUGGAAAAUUGCUUGUUUGCAGUUUUAGUUUUCAUGCCUUAAAUUACUUUAAAAGUUUACUUCAAGAUGAAAGGUGUAUCUAUUUGUAAUUCUUCUCUCUCUGUAUAAUGUAACCCCAUAAAACAUGUUUUGCAUUUAAUAAAAAGCUAAGGAAUCGCUA